UUCAGGGAGGAUUGCUUUUGCAAAAUCAACAUUUCUUUACAACCACACCUUAAAGCAAAUACUUUGAUAACUGCCACAUCUAUUGUAAUCAAUAGAGAUAUGCAGAGUACACACUCUAUACACUACACAGAUAUAAAAGGCUUCAUUAGAGAACUGUCACACACGCCAACCUCCUGGUGCUCAGGUCACAUCACGUCUGAGGAUGGCUUCUCUCCGUGUGUUUGUUUGUCUGCUGGGACUUGUCGUCCUCUGUCACUCUCAGUGCACCACCCGAGAAUUAGUUGUCAAAGACCCGAACAACCCACCAAAAGGGUGUGUGGAUGAUGAUGGACAACAACAUGAGUUUGACUCUACAUGGGAGAAAGACUGCAUGGAGUGCUCCUGUAGCACCAACGGCAUGAGCUGCUGCAGCAAGGUGCCUGAACCAAACACUGUGGAAAUUCCUGAGGAAUGUGAGCUGAUUGUGGAUAAAAAGGCCUGCUCUGCCAAGAUGGUGCUGAAGUCUGACAAGACAAAAGAGUGCAGUCCUACAUAAGAGUUCAACCUCAUAGAACUGCUCUACAGAGUGAACUCCAAAGAGUUGAAACUGGAAAUCUUUUUAUGUUUCAUGUUUUAUCUGAUGGCUGAUCAUGUGUGCAUAAAAAGAUUACAACCAAUAAACCAAGAUGAAUCAGCCUU